AUGUUAAGCUAUCAAGAAUUGUGUACCUUUGGUACUUCCCUUAUUUUGAUUGCAUCCUCUUUUAUUAUGGGUGUCUUCUACAACAACUUGGCCUAUGACUACCAUCUUCUCUUCAACGCAAACGCUACCCAGGAACACUUUGACAAUGCCCUAAAGCAUUACCAAACCUUGUAUUACACGGGCAGACCUGUCCUUUACAUUUUGGGGUUUGUCGCUGUGGUCGGAUUGCUAGGUAACAUGAUCAGAAUCUACAAACCAAACCCAGAAUUGAAGAUGUUUGAAUACGCAUCAUUGGGUCUUUAUGUUUUAGGGAUUUGUGUCUUUAUUACCAAUAUUAAGACAGGUAUCGAAUGUACUUUGACUGGACAAUGGGGGGAAGUCACUGAAAAUCAAGGGUUGGCCGUCAUUGCAUCAUCCACUAUCAUCUUGGAAGUUGUGUUCCUUGGGGUAUUGUUCUUGCAAGCUGGUCUUUGGUAUUCCAAUUACGACUAUCAAAAGAGAUUAAAGAAGUUUUAUGAAGAAGAGGCUAUUGCUGAAGCUAACGCCAAGGCUGCUGUUCUUGAACCAAAAACGACUUCCAAAGCUAAGAAAGUGAGAAAAGAUGCCAAGAAGGAAAAUAAGAAACAGAAAUAA